CAUCGCUUAAGAUGUACGCUGUUUGGGUAUUGCUAGCGUGUGUUCAUAUUUCAAGAGCAGCUGCUCCCCAGUUCAGUUCUGCUCAAAAGGUGGGAACAGUUGGUGCCCAUGACGUUGACGAGGCGUCCGGACUCGCCGCCAGCAGGCAACACGCUGGUGUUCUGUAUACCCAGAACGACAAGGGAGACAGCAGCAGGAUAUUCGCUAUAGCAGCUGCCUCAGGCAAGCUUCUGGCCACAAUGAAGAUCGCUCACAUUGCCAACUACGACUGGGAGGACCUGGCAGUAGGUCCGUGUCCCGGGUCGGGGUCGUGCAUCUACAUCGCCGAGACGGGAGACCACGCCGGCGACGGCGCUAAGAACAUCAUCUACAGGGUGAAAGAGCCGGCCGUGAUCAAGGACCAGACGUUGGACGUUCUAGACCAGUUGCACUUCAGAUGGGGUGAGCCAGACUGCGAGUGUGUGAUGGUCGACCCGGCCGGAAAUACAUACGUGGUGUCCAAGGUUCAUGGUGGGCGUGGCCUCAUUGCCAAACUCCCAUCCUACGGCUGGGGAGGCACCACCGUAGAUGCAGGCCCAUCACAGCGCGUCCCCAUCACCUCCACCCAUAACGACCCCAACGGCUGCGACAUCUCCCCCGACGGCAAGGAGAUGUUAAUUAAGGCCCGGGAUGCGGUGUACUAUUGGGCAGUGCCUAACGGAGACUACGUGUCAGCAGUGAAGACGGCACCAGCAACAUUGCCGUAUCAUCCUGAGCCACGAGGAGAGUCUGUUGCCUGGACUCCCAACGGAGACGGCUAUUACACUCUAUCUGAAGGGGAUGACCAGCCACUUUACUUUUACAAGCGUCUGUAGAUCAAAUGAUACCUGUGAACUAUGAACACUAUUGAAGUCCAGGGCCCUGUUCCAGAAAGCUAUCGUAGCGCUACGACAGUCGUAAGUCUAAAGUAUGGGAGUUACUGUCGUCUUAGGGUUACGAUAGCUUUGAGGAACGAGUC